UUUCCAGAUGAAUGUGGCCAAAGUGGAGGAGAAGCGGACAGUGACGAGGACGUCAUCACCGACUACCACCUCCCGGCGCUGGACAUGCUGCCCCGCCCCGGCCCCGGACCGCUGCCCACCAUCAGCGUGACGCCCCAUUCGCCCGCCAACAAGACCUAUCCGGUGUUGGAGGACAGCUUGCAACAGGUCCGGGAGCUGCACGAGAGCGUGCAGCACAUGCGAAAUGUCACCGUUCAGAGUUCAUAUGGUCCUAACUCCAGAGAUUUCGCUGCCUUCGCCCUCAAUCCGUUACUGGCUCAAAUGGCAAGGCUCAGCGCAAGCUGUCCAGUCCUGAAUGAAACUGCUCAAGAUCUAGAUUUGAUCAGCGGCUCUCUGGGAUCAUCUCCUCUUCACCAACCUCCGAGCAGAAAAGGAAGUGGAACUCAGGAUUGGUUAUGUCAGCCAGAAACUCAGAGACGAAGAUCAUGGACAGCCUUGGAGGACCUUACAGGAAACAAGGACAAAGUGAAGCAUACACGCCAGAGAAGUAUUUCACUAAGCAGUAUGGAGUCAGAGGCAGACGAGUCUUCAUUGAUAGAUAACGUAGAUGGCAGCACCGUUAGGUUAUUGGGGCCAGAUGCUCCAAUUGUGGUAAGGCACAGAGGAACUAGGGGUAGUGGCGGUGGAGCUAGUACGCAUUCAUUGAACGAAGCGGACCUUCAGCCCUACGACCGCCACUCAGAAAAAAGGAGAAAAAGAGGCAGCCUUUUCUUCAGGAAAAAGAAGGAUAAGACUAAAAAAAAUAUUCAUCAGUGGGUGUCUGGAUGUUACGGCACUUCUCAAAUAUGUGAUGUUUGCACCAAACCUUUAAGCAAUAAACCUGCCCUGUACUGUGAAAGCUGUGGUACAACUGUUCACCAGAAUACGUGUAAAGACAAUAUUCAAGAAUGUGUCAAAGUGAAAAACGUGAAGAGUACUAGUAAAUUGCCUAGCUUCGCUGGGCCGCUAACAAACGCAAAAAAUUCCAUUACAAAAAGAGGAUCGGCCUCCUUGUCUGGUUCUCAAAACAGUACUACUACAAGCCAAAUACUUUGUGAUGAUAAAGAUAAUGACUCCCAUGGACACCAUGAUUCUGCAAGCUUCCCCGAUGAUGUUCCAAUAAUUCCUUUGGAAUUUUUGUCCGAUUCCCCCUUGACGGCAGCGGAUCUGUGUUCCGAUCCUAGUUUAGGUUUACAUGAAUCUGAACCGGAUUCGUGGUCGCCUUAUGUGGGCAAGGAAAUAUCUAGGAAGUUGAAGGAGAAGGAAGUGAAACGUCAAGAACAUAUUUAUGAAUUCGUUUUGACUGAGAAGCAUCAUUGUAUGACUUUGUUGGUUAUGCAGAAGGUAUUCGUAGACGGUUUACAAAAAUAUUUUCAACUGGGCCCCAGUUUGGAAAGGAUGUUUCCAAGACUUAACGAUCUGACUGAACUACAUUUAGGAUUAUUAUCAAGACUUAGGCAAAGGCAGAGGGAGAAUCCUGUCGUAACUUCGAUCGCUGAUAUUCUUUUGGAACAGUUCUCAAAUCACCAUGCGACUAAAUUGAAAUCUGCUUACGGCGAGUUUUGUAGCAGGCAUAGAGACGCGGUAGAAAUCUAUAAGUACUACCUCCAAAAUGACCAGCGUUUCGGCGAGUUCGUUAGACAUUGUCAGACUAAUCCCUUGCUCAAAAAGAAAGGCAUACCAGAAUGCAUUUUAUUCGUAACGCAACGACUGACGAAGUACCCAUUGCUCAUCGAGCCGCUGAUAAAAACCAGCAAGGAAAAUAGACAAGAGCAAGAGGCCUUGCAGAAGGCCCUCGCCUUGGUCAAGGAGGUUCUGGUGGACGUCGAUGCCAGGGUAGCCGAAAAAGAGAAAGAAGAUAGGAAGUUAGAGAUAUACAAUAGAAUCGAUGCCAAAUCUUACACGGUCCAUAGAGGAAACAAAUUCAAGAAGUCGGAUAUUUUGCAAGGCAAUCGGUCUUUGAAGUUUGAAGGAGUUGCCAUGCUGAUGCAAGGGAGGGGGAAGAUGCAGGUUGUCUUGGUCAUCGUUCUUUCGGAUGUGUUAUUUUUUCUGCAAGAGAAUUCGCAUAAGUAUUCGUUUUUCACUCCUGACAAUAAGGCUGGUGUGGUAUCUUUACAAAAACUAUUAGUGAGAGAAAAAGCUGGACAAGAUUCCAGGGGCAUUUACCUGAUAUCUUCAAAUCCCGCAGAUCCCGAGAUGUUUGAAUUGAAGGUUCAUAAACCAAAAGACAAACAGCAGUGGAUUCAAGCAAUAAGAGAAGCCGUUCAAUCGUGCCCAGAAGAUGAAGAAGACAUCUUUGUUUCUAGUUCGGAAGAAAAACAAAGUAUCCUCAACGCCAAACAAAACCAAGUUCGUCACCUCAUAGAAACAGAUUCGGACAUCGAAGGUCAGCUGCGUCAGAAGGACAUAGAGCAAGCUCUGUUAUUGGAGGAGAAGAUGUCUUUACAGCUGCAGUUAUUGGCAGCUGCGGGGUUAGAACCUCCUUCCCCUCCUUCAUACCGACAUUUGGUUAGUGAAAACGCCGAUACCGGACAAAUGUGGAAAGAAGUUCUGAGGGCAGUUCAAGAAGUUAGUCAGCUCGCCAGUUCAUUAUACACAACUGGAACGAAUUUGUCCAGAAGCGUCAGUUCGGCAGGCGAGCAUCAGAGCGACACUUACGUAUCUCCCAUAUUGCCGAAACGUGCUGAAACCUUUGGCGGCUUUGAUAACUGCAAUCAAGGCCCGCUGAAGUUGCUGGGAAAGAAACUUUCUACGUCUGGGACUCCUGCCGGCACUCCCGACCUGGAAAAUCUCAAACCUGGCGACGCAAGACUAUUUGAACGGUUGCCUUAUAGAAAUUGUGUGAUAUCUGGAGGGCCUUUAACUAAUGGCAAUACUGCUAAUGUAAAUACUGAGAACCAACAAUUGCAGCAACAACUUUCAACUGCCCCUGAUGGUCCGGCGUUGCUUUCUCUUGGCAGAGAACAGCAGUAUGCAGCAAUCCAGUUAUCUCAUUAUGUAUAUACUUUGCUCUGUAUAAUUUCGCAGUUGAUGACGACAAAUGAAAGUUUGCAAGCUCAAAUGGUGACUUUGAAAGGAGGAGCAGAUUCAAAGUGUAACAGACACAAUCAGCAGUUGGAGGAAUUGAGAAACUUGCAAGACAAACUGAGUGUAGAAAAAGCAGCUUGGAAUGCAACGAAAGAACAAGAAACAAAAGAAUUGGACGAGAAAAAGGCUGAGCUCUUGAGGUUGCAGGAGCAAGUUCGAGCUGAACAAGAAGACAUUAAUCAACAAAGGGAGCAGCUGUACCGUAAAAUGGAAAUGCUGACUAGUAAGGGAUUGCUGAUGAAUGUUCCUUUGCCCUCUUCGGGAAUGGCUGAUGAUAGUAGCAAAGAAACGUCAGAGGACAGUAGUCCACAAUCCGAUACGUCCUCUUCUGCUAGCGCGGUUAGUUCCAGUGCCUCGAUUGUUAGUACCAAUCAGUCGUCGUUGACACAUUCGACUUCUUCAGCUGAGAGGAGGAAAGACCCUAAAUGGACGAAGGCAAAUGUUCCAGCAAAAUCUCAGCUUCCUAUCAACCUGAUCUCGGCUACAAAUCAGCAGAAAGUAUCUCAAAACGUGUUGAUCAAACAACAAAUUCCAUUCAAACUGGCCUCAAGGUUGAGCAGCGAUGCUCUCAAGUCGGGCACUGGUAGCACAAUCCAGCAAAUGCUACCCUUGAAGUUGAGUCAAGACGAGAAGGUCCGAAGAACGAGCACAUCUGGUUAUCAGAGGCUUGGUUCUGAUAACAGCUUUAGUCCUCCUUCAGGAGAAACGACUCCAACCACCAUGCCACACGUCCACAGCCGGACCGGUUCAAGCCCGGCGAUGAUGCAAGCCUCCUCUCCGAACACUUCUCCUCCCGGCCAGUGUCAGAGUCCGGGAAGUGCCAAAGCUACUCGCACACACACAUAUCCCAAGCUUCCAGAUAAAUUUAAAGUACGUAACGAACAGCAGCCGACCGCCGAUGAGGAGGUCAUAUAUUUCUGACGGCUCUCCACCAGAACAAAACAUUUUAUUUAUUCCCUCAUAAAUACGAAAGUGUGAUUUUUUUGUAUCUUCCUCGCAGAGGUGGGCGGCUAGAAGUUUGUGACGAAAGUGGGGGUUCGGUAAUAUGAAUUUUUCGUAAAUGGUGUUCGAAUCUGGGGCAAAGCUAACUCAAUGUAUAGCCAUCGUUAUCGCAAUAAACUUGAAAAUUCAUCUAAUAGAUACAUUUUUUUUGUUACUCGGAACAAAACGUGAGGUGAGUUUAAUAUUUCACACACUUUUGUUUCAAGAUGUAUAUUCAUAAUACUUCAAUACUUUCUCAUAGCAUUCUUCCAUUUGAUAUUUGAUGAAAUCAAAUAAUGAAAUAAUUUAAAAGUUUUCUAUCCUUGGAAAUGGCAUGUAUUUUACCACUGAAAAUGGCUUUCAUGCAGUAAACUAAAAAAAAAAUUAAAUAUAUGGAUAGAUUUGAAAAGAGUGAAGGGCAUAUAACAGGUGGAAGUAUAUACAAAUAAAUAUACACCGGUAAGCAAACUAUAUUUCCGAAAAUAUAACCCUAAAAUUUCCACACCUCAUUUUUUUUGCUUGUCACUGUCAAGCAGCCAAUUUUCGUGAUGAUAGUUCACAGCCAGUCAAAAAGGGGAGAAAAGGAUUGAUGAUAUAGAGAUUUGUUUCUACGAAUAUCAACAAUGAGUAUAUAUAUUGAAAUCUUGAAAAACUAAUUUCAAGAUUGUGUUUGCUAGUGACAACUUUGAAACAUUUAAUGGAAUUGGCUAAUACUUUUAUGAAAAUACAUCUCUGAAACAUUAUUCGAAUUUCUCAAUUUGUGAAUUUUUCAUUUAUUUGCAUUUUUAUAAAAAUGUUGUACUUGAUAUGCAACCAGAUUUGAAGAGAAACAGAAUGUGAGUUCUCCCUAGAAGGUCAUUCAAUCUCAUCAAUUGAACUUAAUAAUAUCUCGAUUUAUGUCUCGUAUGCUUCCGUUAUAAGCUUAUACCACCCAUCUCUAUCUUAUACUUAUUAUAUUAUACAUCUCAUGUAAUUCAUAUAUAAUUUUUUUUCAAAACUACAUACUAUCAUGUCUCUUUUUUUACUCCCCAACGAUAACUAUCAACUUCAUUAUUUGAAAUGCGUUUUCUAUCACAUUUUUCAUCGAGUAAUAAUAUAAUUGUGUUCGUCUUCCUAUGAAUCUUUUGUUGAAAUCAGUAUUUUCAAAUAUACUCAAAUCUUGUGACAAUACAAUAUUCUAGGAUAUUAUUGUUUUGCCGUUCGUACUUAGGUUAGUUACAGUUCAAUGAUAAUGUAAAUACUAAGCAAUUCAAUCUAAAAGUGAUGGGGAGAAAGGACAAACAAUUGUGCACAAAAAACUAUUUUUACAGUCCUUGAAUGUUAUUCUUGUUAACCCCAAUUACAUAUUAACUGUUGGAAUUUCUUGAUAAAACUUUUUUCAACCUCGAAUACAAAAUAUAGUACAAACAAUAUACACACUUGCAGGUUAGCAAUAGCGAAUUUGCCUUAGUCGACAUGAACGCUUUGACUUAAGCUACCAGAGUUAUCAAGGGAAAGUAUAGUUUCAAUAAUUUUCCUUAGCCCCCUAUCCGUGUUUCAUAACCUUAUAAAUGCCUUUUUUUUUGUUUCAAUUAUCUCUCGGAUCCGGGGGUCAUUAAGACAUCUUGUACCAAUACCAUUGCUAGGAUUUUCUUCAGUGAGGUUGAUCAAUAAGAAACUGUGUCUUCUAGGUGUUUGUUAGUCCACCAACAAUUUCGGGAGCAGGUCAUUGUGCCAAAAUCCUCUCCGGGUACAGAUUUUUUUUAUGCCAAAAUACAGUUUGAAAUAAAAUUUUCAAUUUUCACAAACAACUACAAAUAUAUUUUGACAUGAAAUUAUUUCAAUUUGUUUGAAAAUGUGCCAGUUUCUGGUUGAAAUAAUUUUAAAACCAUCUUCGGAGGAUGUUUUGAUGAAAUGAGUCCUGGAAUGGGGUGCAAAACCUUUUUUUUUUAAUUGUUCCAUAAACGAAUUAUUAUUGAGGUUAUGUAGUUGUUUAGUGAGAACGACAACUAAUUUCAAAAGCAAUUUUGCGAUUAAAUAUUUGAUGAUGUUCCCUAUGACAGAAUGCUUGAGAUGAUUUCCAUACUGUCUUACCCAGAAAAUAUGGCUCCAGAAUAUUGUCCACCAAAAACCGUUCUGGAUUUCUUGACUUAUUAAUUUUUUACACAAGUGAAAUGCCGAUAUGAGGUUAUGUAGCUCGGGAGAAAGCUAGGGAGUCAACAAAAAGUUCAGAUAAUCUAAUUCAAAAUGUCUAAGCGAUUAAGCAAACUCACUAUUGCUUACCUGCUGGAUUAUAAAAACAUGCAUAUAAUUACUUGUACAAGCACAUGUUCCAUGAUUUUCCAGUCUUUUCUCUCCAACUUAUGUUUACCAGAUGAGGUUAUUCCAUCAAUAUAUACCUUUGUUAAUCGUUAAUAGUAAUUCAUAGAGCACUUCCUUGCAAAAUUAGAAAUGAUACAGAAGAAAAUUGUUCUCCACUAGCAUAAACUGUACAAUAUCGUCUUUCCAGUUCGUCGUUCUUUCCAUCUGUAUAUUUUUAGUUUUGUUUGGAAACAGAAUUUAUAUAAAAAUGGCCUACUAUAUUUUUGUCUCUUCACGUUAAUGUCUGUAGGUUAAAUGAAUAUUUUUAUAAGAUCUAUUUAUUCUUCAACUUCUAAGUCUCGAUUGACUUGUGGUUUUUUUCUGCUUCAGAAUGUAAAAAGUAGCACGGCGAUUAUGUUCAUAAAAAACAAAGUGAUAUAGAUGAAGUUAAAACUGAAAAAAUUGUAGGCGAAAUGUUAUUUUAGUUGGUAUUGAACGUUUGAAAAAUUGUUGGAUGGAUUUGAAUACUGUAAUUCAUAUUAUAAAUCAAAUGUUUGAAUACAAAAUUUGAGAUAAUAAUUUUCUAAUUAAAUAGUAAAUGAGUUGUGAAUUGAAGUGGAACUAUGCUCAGCUCAUAACUGAAAGGUCCUGAGUUCGAAUCCACCUUCGACCACAAGAUACUUUUCUCAUGGAAAUGUAUCUUAUCGAAGAUGGAUUGAUUUUCUUACUUUAUUUUCUGAUGCCAAAGACAUAAAAUGAAAAAAAUGAUGUCUUUCGACAAAACGAUUAAUCAACCCUCGGUUUUAAAAGCAACUAAGUGAUUUGUCGUAUCAUCAUUACCAAGAACUAUUUAGACGGCUGUGGAGUAUGUUAUUUAUAAUCUUUUUCAGCCGGCACUGUAUUUAAAAAAAACUUCAAUUGUCAAUGGAAAACAAGCCUAUGUCUCACAUGUGAAAUAUUUUGAUUUCAAUUUGUAUAAAUUGUUUGGUAUAACGAAUAAAAAUCGUAUUUUUUCAUAAUGUGAAAUUGAAAAUUUCCUGGUGGUAUCUGGUGAAUGAAUAGAUUAUUUCUCCAAUUCUAACCAGAGAUGGUUUGUCAGUUGUCAUAAUUGCAGUAUCCGGUGCUUCCCAAGGGAUUGUUUUAUUGUUAUUGUUCAUCAGGAGAUAUAAUUUCAAAGUUAGUUUUUAUAUUUUUAUUGAUCACUCAUUUUGACUGAAGUUGAUUGUAUGAUUAUUCAUAGUUUGAUACAGUUUCAGUUGAAUUUUUAUGAAUAUUCAUAAGAUAAUUAUCAAUGGCGCUGCGUUUGGAGAAAGUUAUUCAAAUUCAAGGUUGAAUAGUUUGAAUUGUAGACUUUCUGAAGUUAAAUAAAGUAGGAAUUCAUUUAUCCGGAUCUCCAAAUUAUACCCAUUCAGAGGCCGAGGGGAAGUAGAGCAUUUUUUGUCUCUUACCGAAAUGUAUAAGCAGUAAUUUUUAUUCCUCACACAUGUAAGUAUAUGUGGUUCUACUUUUGAUGUUUAGAGAGAUAGAAAUAUUUUUAUUGUCUGAAGAACAAAAAAUUCUACUGACAAAGUGUAUCUUAUGUCAGUAGUUUAAAAAAUAGACACAUAAUGAAACACAUAUCAGUCUGAAAAUACACCUAAAUGAUUUAAAACAAGACAUAUAACAAAACAUAAAUUAGUCCAAAAAUAAUGAAUGAAAGUACAUACCAUCAAAUGCUACAUCAAACCAGGGUAAUUACACAACACAAGUUGACUUUAGUGUUGCAGUUGAAUUUGAUUUGAAAUGUUUCAUUAAAAAAGUCAGCAAAGCGGUAUUAUGGUUUCAAGUAUGCCAAGUACUAUUAAUUCGUUUGGAUGGCUUCAAAUCUGUUAAUGUGUUUUCUUGUCGGGCUUGCAGUUUCCAAAAUGAAUAAUAAAAUGUUGUUUUGAGCAUUGCAUUACAAUCAGUAUAUUUUUUUCAGUCACUUUCAGGUGCUCUUGUUUCAUAAUAGUCAAUUUUGUGUCAAAUCCAAUUAUUAUCAGGAUAAUUGGAGUUAAAAAAAAUACACUUUUUAGUAUAUGGCUGUUUUAUUUAAUAGAAACAUAUCAGUGCUCCAAUUUUGCAAAAACAUUUCUCAACCCAAACCGCAUUCGGUAUUUUUUUUAAUGUGUCGCAUCUAGCUAAAACAUUCGAACAACAUUUUACAGCUUCAGUUUCGAAUUCAACAUUUUUUUACCAUUUGGAUUUAAAUACUGAAAAUUAUCAUCCCAAAACCAGUACAAAAACUUCAACUUUAAUAUCGUAGAUGCUGUUUUUAUUUGUUUGAAACACGAAUUAUAAAUCAAUGUUUAAAUAUUCAACAGUUAUUUUUACUAUGUGGAUUGAAAUACUGAAAAUUAUCAUUCCAAAACCAGCACCAAAACUUCGAUUCUAAUAUCGCAGAUGCUGUUUUGAUUUUUUUGAAACACAACUUAUAAGCCAAUGCUCUAAUAUUCAAUAUUCAGUGUUCGUCAAUUAGCUGGAGCAUUUCUCAACUCGAAUGGCAAUUCUUUUUUAACAGAAGUAUUUACCGAUAUCAUUCUUUUUCUUAUUUUUUUUUACAUUCAUUCCGCAACUUAGGGAUCGGUCAAUAUGUGAUUAUCGUGUUCUUAUGCAUCCAACUUAGUCUUUCAUUGUUUUGAAACUGUUUUAGCGUGAAAGAUCGUUUUAACCGAUUGUUUAGACUGUUGACUGGGUAUUUAAUGAAUACUAUUCGCAAUAAAUAUAUGUUGACUGAUAUCUAAAAUAUAUUUUCAUUUUCAAAAAAUGUUCGAUGCUCGAUGGUAACAGAUAAUCCAAUCUUGCCUUAAAAAUUUUCUUCGGACAUUUUGUUGGAUAUGAACGAGAUCCAAGUGGAUUUGUUAUAAACAUUAAAGUAUAUUUAUUGUUCUUAUUGUAGAUACUAAUAUCGUGGGAAAAUCUUAAUUUUAUAUAACAUAGGUUUCUUGUACUUUAUAGCUUUGUAUUAUUUUGAUUUCAUUUAUUCUCGUUUUUUAAAACAUUCCAUGUUUUAUCACACGUGGCUUAUUUUUUUUUUCAACGAAAUUCAAAUAUGCCAAAUUGUGGAAUAAUAUAUGAAUAUAAUUAGUAUUUUUUUUAUUGAUUGGUAUGCAUGUAUAUAAGACUCAUAUUUAUUGUAAAUAUAUUUAAUUAAAUCUA